AUGAAGGCAUUGGCAUUUGGACCUAAUUUUGAAGAUAAUUUAAUGCAAGUUGAACAAACUGUUGCUUAUGAAGGAGAUGGGAAUGUUAGUCAUGUUGAACAUGUUUAUGCAUCUCAACCUCAUUAUGAAACGGAUCAGCCUUCGCAUUCUGCAGUUGUUGUAACAAAUAUAUCAUUACCAAUGAGUUUACAACCAAUGAGUCAUAGGCCUUAUUGUCCAAUAGAGUUUUGGAAUAUUCAUGAUAGAACUUUGUCUGCAUUGGCUACAACAAAUUAUGCUACAGAGUCUACAUAUUUUCAGUUUAAGACCCAGCCUUUGUUGCCAGAUUAUUUGUUAGCGUUUUGGGACGAUUUUGAAAAGCAACAUGAUGCUGCUCGUUCUGCUUUAACAAACAAACAAAAAAGACAUAAGAAAAAUGCUGUUCGUGAAGAGCUUGUUGCCUUAACUCUUCGUGAAGCUUCUUAUGAAGCUGAUCAAGAUAUUCUAAAUACCUUAGAUAUUCUUUCUCAUCAUAUUCAAGGAUAUGUUAAUUUUCUUCAUUUUGAUACUAGAAUUGUUUAUGAUAAUUUUGAUAACUUUUUAAAUGUUCCCUGCACUAUUCCUAAAUGUGAUUAUGAUAAUUUUUGUUCUCCUUCAACUUCAAUGCAGAGUACUUCUUUUCGUUAACUUAUUUUUAUUUAAUGUUUUAUUGAAUAAAUAUUAUUUUAGAAGAUUUUUUUGUUUAAUUCAUUAUUGGAUGAUGAAUCUGGA